AUGACGUCCAUCGCUGCCAUCAGCCCCCUUACCAACCGCAAGGCUGCCCGGCCCUUGCCAUUGAGUGUCUUCCUUCAGCUCCAAACUCUCCUCAAGAAGUCCAUCUUCAGCAGAAAACUCUACGAUGAAAUCAGCACCAAGGUUUUGGCAUCCUCUGCCACCGUGGAUACUAAUCUCUACUUUAUUUGCUACUUCACCCUCUUGUUGAGCAGCGUGUUGAACAAUAAGCCCAAGAUCAGGAAGUUUCUCAGAGAGCAGCGCUACAACUUCAUGAACUUGAUCAACAAAGUGACCCUUCUCUUUGGCACAGACUUGAAGCAGUCCUCCAACAAAAGUGUCAAGGGAUUAUUCGAGGAACCUCAGGUGGCUGAGUUGAACGAAAAAGAAGGUGCCAAGGAGGUACCCUCCAAUUUGGCAGUUCACUUGAAGGCCAUUUCUUCGUACAUAUCCGAUAUUCGUAUCUUCAACCGUCUUACGGAUUCCAUUAAGUACAUGCCCUGGAUCAUAGAUGAGUACAGUGCCUUUAUAAGCCCUGCAUCUGCUGUCCCCAAGUUGGAUCGGUUCGUGAACUUGUUCCAGUCAAUCAACUGUCUUGUGCUUGAGCUUUUGGAGAACGCUGGAUGGUUGACCGAGCACAACUGGGUGGGUACAAACGACAAUGAUUACUGGUGUCUCGAGACAUAUGUUUGGUGCUCGAGAGUGUGGGCUGCUUAUGUGAUCAUUGAGAUUCUCGAGUUGAUUAGAAGAACUCCCUUUUCCAAAUGGGACAAGAACUGGAGAAUCCUGUUGUUCAAGCAAGCCAUUCAAAUUCCAUUGGUUGUUCAUUGGUCCAUGUAUGAAGGUUGUUUGAGUCCAUUCUGGGUGGGUGUCUGUGGUUCUGGUGCCUCUUGGUUUGAUUUCAAGAACUUGUGGGGCUCAAUUGACUUGAGCUAG